UUGACAGCUCGGCAAACGAGAAACGUCAUCGCAUUUCACAAAUCGUCAACAAAUCGGUUCUACACAUUCACGCAAAAAUGGACUACGAGAACGAUAAGGUGCUAAAAUUCAUCUUUCCCGAUGAUUAUGAAGACCUCUCAUCCCAGGACACCUCGGACGUGGUAGACUAUCUGCUCAAGCUCGGCACCUACAAGGCGGAAGAAUUGAAAAAGGAAAAGGUACGCCUGCAGGACGAACAUCGGCAGAAUGUGGAGCAAACGCAGGAUCUGGCCAUAUCGCACUAUCCCACCUUCAUCCGGACGGCGGAAAGCUCGCGCGAAAUCUAUCGCGAGUUUGUCGACACGGAACGGAAGCUCGAUUGUUUGAGCGAAAAGUGGCCCAAGUUUAUUGCCGCGUGUCAAACGUUUCAGCAGGGUUCGGCCGAUAUCAAUGCGGCCCGGCGGCUAAAUUCGCUGACGCUGAUGCGCAAUGCGGAGCUGCUGGAGAUACUGGAAUUGCCGCAGCUGAUGGACAGUUGUAUACGGGAGGGCAAGUACGAGGAGGCGCUGGAGCUGUCGUCGUACGUACAGCGGUUGAUGUCGAAGCAUGGCAACAUUCCCAUUAUAGUGAGUAUAAAUGAAGCAGUGGAAGCAGCUUGGCACACAAUGCUGAUGCAGCUGUUGGCACAGUUGCGCACCGAUCUGCAGCUCCCGAAGUGUCUUCAGGUGGUAGGGUAUUUGCGUCGAAUGCAAGCCUUUUCUACCUGUGAGCUGAAGCUCAAGUUCCUUCAAACACGCACGAGCUGGCUGAAGGAUUUGCUCGCAAACAUCCCGACCGACGAUGCACACUCCCACCUGACGAAAACGAUCGAAGCAACACGGGUGCAUCUGUUCAACAUCAUCACGCAGUAUCGGGCCAUCUUCCCGGACGACGAGGAUAGCUUCAGCCCGCUAGGCGUAUCCCUAGGCAACGAGCGUAUGGCUGGCGAUGAGGGAAAGAUUUUCCACAGCUGGCUACACGACCAAAUAAUGGAGUUUGUCCGUUCGCUGGAGCGAGAUCUCGCCUCGAACGAUAUCACCUCGUACGACACGAUACUGGGCCAGUGCAUGUACUUUGGCCUAUCGUUCAGCCGGGUAGGUAUCGAUUUCCGUGCGCUCGUGGCACCGGUGUUCGUGCGGGUGAUCGGUAACCGGUUCCGGGUUUCGCUCGCACGUGCCACCGCACUGUUCGAGCAGGACAUCGAACGGUACACGCUCAUCAACAAGGUUCCCAGUAUGAUCCGACGGCAGCGUGAAGAUCGUAGCGCGCGGCCAGAAGAGUCCGGCUCGAUUCAACCACCGGAAACGUUGCUCGAUUUUGAACCGCUAGCGAUCUACUGCAACGAAAUACUGACCAUCUUCAACGAUCUACGCCUCUGCUCACCGGUUGCACUAGCCACGAUGGUAUCGGAACUGUUGGAAAGCUCGCUGGAGCAAGUUUGCCGUGGAAUUCUUGGCUUUUAUCGUCAAGAGCAGCAAGCCUUCGCACCGACCGAGCGGGAAUGCUUCAUUCGGCUCUGUUCCUGCUUUGCGUACGACCUGCUUCCGUAUCUGCAGCGAUGCAUUCACGUCCUGUUUCCACCGGCCACUCUCGCCAGUCAGCUGGGUAUUAAUGUGCUCGCGCUGCAGAAACACGGUGUGACGUAUCUGCGGCAGAAGAAGAUACUGGAACCGAUCGCUUACUUGCUUCCGGAUCGGAUCGAUACGGUAAUCAAGCAGGUGGCGGAUAUGAGCGUUAAUCCAGCGCUGACUAGCGAGCAGGAAAAGACGGACGCAAAGGAGAGGGUGCCUAGUGGGGAAGGAUCCGUAGAAGUGGCCGCGGAAGAAUGAAUCGUGACGAAGGUAAAUAGGAACAUUAUCUUAAAUAAAUAGAAACCACUGUUACUAUUAAUAAUA